UACGCCGCGCGGCAUAUUUAUAGCAAAAACGCGCGGAAAUAGGCGAGUACGCACACGAAACUUCGUAAAUGCAGUCCCAUUCCCUAGCAUAGUAAUAUUUGAGAUUUUCGGCCAGGCACGUCAUAUAUAAGAUAUUCGUGCGUCAGAUAUUGUCGAGAUUAUUCAAGGAAUCGGUAACUCUUAUAAUAAUACUCAACAGCUAUUGCAUGAAUAUCUUAUGUGUGACGCGUCUGACUGAAAAUGUCAAAUAUCACUAUGCUAGGGAAUGGGGACUACAUUUACGAAGCUUGGUGCGUCCCUUCGUCCGUCUGUCCGUCAGCCGGGCCGCGUCUCAGCUUCGUAAUUCCAGACGAUUGUCCCCAACGGUUGACGUUCAACCGUCGUCUUGGCGGGUCGUCCGAACAUCCAUCCAUCCGUCCGUCUAUCCGUAUUGACAUUCACCACCACGUCGCAGAGAUGGGACUACCUUGUGACUGGCAAAUCAACAAGCAGAAGCUCUCAGAGCGUGGCCAGUACCUGCUAGAGACUGGCCAAUGGUCGGACUGCAACUUCAUCGUGGGCCAAGAGCCCCAUCAGCAGACUCUCAAGGGCCACAAACUGUUCUUGGCGAUGUCCAGCCCAGUUUUUGAAGCCAUGUUCUAUGGUGGCAUGGCUGAGAAGAAUGACCCAAUACCCAUAAGGGAUGUUCAGCCUGAGGCAUUCAAGGCCUUCCUGCAGUACAUAUACACAGAUCGUGUGGAACUGGGCUCCUUUGAGCUAGCCUGCGAGCUAUGCUACUGCGCCAAGAAGUAUAUGCUGCCUUGCUUAGUGGAGGAAUGCACAAAGUAUUUGUGGUCUGAUCUUUCACCAAAGAAGGCCUGCAGAGCAUAUGAGUUUGCCAAACUCUUUGAGGAGCCUAUACUGCUGGACAGGUGUUUGCAGAUUAUAUGCACAAAGACUAAUGAAGUGUUGAAGGAAUCCACCUGGGAGGAUGUGGAGUUAGACACGCUUGUCACGGUAUUGGAGCAGGAUAAUUUGCAGAUUAGCUCAGAGAUAGAGUUAUUCACUGCAAUGGAGCGGUGGGCUAAGGCAGAGUGCUCCAGGAAGUCACUUGACACCACCAAUGGGAAGUCCUUGAAGUCCGUUAUCGGGGACGCGCUUUCGAAAAUCAGAUUCCUCAGCCUGACACCUCAGGAAUUCGCGGAGGGCCCCGGCAUGUCCCCCAUGCUCACGCAGGAUGAAGCUUUCGCUAUAUUGAUGAAUUUAUUGUGUACGGGCAACAAGACACCCAUGCCCGAAGGUUUCUGCACCAAUUCGAACAGCAGAGUGAAACCAGUGAAGGCUCCGAGUUUGCCGAGUGUGACCAAAAUCGUACCAGAUAGAAAACGACCGUUCAGCUUGGAACGAUCGAUCGGCGAUAACAUAUACUUCAAUUGGAGUAUGUCUCGGCAAUACGGCUUUCCGGCCCACGGCGAAUCCAGCAACAUAGCUACGCUACGAAGCUCUUCGCCGUCGCUGAUGGACGUGGACGUGCACAAAGACACCGGGAAUUUGCCUGUUAACAAUUCUGCUGCAGGAAAUCUCGAGGGUAUCAUACGCGAGGGCACGAAAUAUUACUGCCUCAGGUCGAUAGUGCAGCAGACAGAUUGCUUAAACACGAACGUGCUUGAUUGUUCUGUUACGUUCAGUGUGGAUAAAAAUAUUUGCGUGACUGGGGUGCAGGUUCCCACGCAAAUUGCCGCGGCGACGUCGAAUAAUUUCGGGGCUCACGCUGCGGAUCCCGACACGUCAUACACCGAAAUCUUGUACGCCCAUCUCCUGGAUUGCGACGGCACGCGUUUGACGUACACCCAUUUCACCACUAAAGCGACUUUCGGCACCCUCGUAGAGAUCACUUUCAAUCGACCAGUUUAUAUUCAAAAGCACAAGGUUUAUCGAGUUGGCGUGGUAUUUAAUAAGGUCGGCUGGUACCCGGUAGGAGUCUGCACCCAAAACAUGGCCUGUGAUUCUGUAUUCUUCUCGUUCGGAGUUGGUAACAGUGCACACACGAUCCGCGAGGGUCUCAUUCGAUCUAUAGUUUUUACAUAUCAUUAACGCAAUUACAUAUAUAUUUUAAAUUUGUGAUAAGAAUGUAUUCUUUUGUUGUAUUUCUUAUUACAUAAUCUUUUAAAUCA